UCGUUGGUUGGGUAGGGCGUGUUUUUCGGGGCUGUUAUCAUUUUAUUUGGAGUUUGUAAAUCAGUAAAUCGCGUUCAUUUCGAUAGUCCAUCGACUGAAUUUAGUUAGUAGUGACGCGUCUAGUGUUUAUUAUUAGAUAAUCAGGUGUCGAAUAUACAAAAUCGGUAAUUUUCUUUGCAUUCAUUGUGCGUGUUGCAAGAUGCGUGCUAUCAACUUGUUUACACUGCACGUUCGCGAGAUACAGAUUACAUGCAACGUCUUGCAACUAUCGUUGUGAUAUUAUUUGGGCAAUGGAUUGGAACAUGGACAAUCUUCUUCGGGAUAACCAAGAAAGAACGGUCUUGGUGAAUUCUGCGCCAAAUAUUUGCCCGAGGAUCAACUCUUGGCUACCUGAAGUGGCGUCCGUCUUGUCCGUGUUCCAGCGACUUUCGUGCACCGCGGGAAAGAAAGGACUAAUUUUUGAUGGUUUUGGGGAUUUUGCACCUGAGUCUGACAUCGUAGAAGGACCAUUCUGGUACGAGAAUAUAAGACUAAUUUUUGAUGGUUUUUGGGAUUUUGCACCUGAUUCUGACAUCGUAGAAGGACCAUUCUUGUAUCAGAUUAUUUUGCACCUGAGUUCGACACAUCAUAGAAGGCUGACCAUUCUUGUAUCAGAUUAUAAGUAUUAA